AUUCAACCUUCAAUGAUCAUAUAUACACGGGUGGGCCAACAGCGGUUCGGAAAAGGCAUGCUGGCUAAGCCAGAUCUAUGGAACGGCCGCCACUCUUUAUCUCGGGCGAGAGACAACGCUGCAGCAAAGUCCGCUUGAUGCUAGAUCGCGCAUUCCUAGACCGGUGUAACGGGGGCCAAGCUGGGUGAGCCAGCCCAACGCGAAUGGCCAUGCUUAUGACGAGGCAUAGCGUCACCCUUCCACGCUCCGUACCAUCCGAGUAUCUCGCGUUACGAACAUACGGACACCACCAAGGCCCGUCCGUAGCGCUGCGAAAUAUCGGGGUGAGGGCAGGCGAACUAAGAAUUAGGUUACGCAGAGCAUGCCGCAGGCUAUGAGUAGACUGUUCCUAAUACCUACCUUGAAGCUUGCCAAUGUGCGUGGGCCAGCGGAGAUCACCGUAGCUUGCCUUCCGUCACCAUAUUCCGGAAUUGAAAUCGUCGCUGAUGAUUAUGGGCAUUUUACCCAUCGGCUUCCAACGACCUCAGGAAUCCAUAGGUUCCGAGUCCAACUUAAUGAGAUCGCCGAGUUGAUUACGCAGAUGUCUGCGUGUACAAUCGUGGGCGCAGCUGCUUCCUUGCGACCCGGUCCGUCUCCGGACCUUCUCGUUGCUUUUAUCGUGUUCGACGACGGCUUUACGCGGGACCGGGCCGGGUUUAUAAAAUGAAUUCAAUCUGGACUUCCCUUAUCGCUACUAUUCAUGAGACCGGCCUUAACAAUCGUCUCGACAGACCGGAUAUUACCACUGGCCUCGGCCUCGGCCAACGGCAAGACAGAUAGGAGUGCAGUACCUACAUAAAGUACCUAUUCCGACGUCCGUGGAUUCCGGCAUCACGGACAUUUUCGCGCGCAGCUUGAGCCCCUGGGACUGAUCGAUGAACCAAGUCUAGGAAGAGAUCCCCACGACCCGAAUGGCGCCUGGUGUUGGGAUCAGACAUAGCCAACUAAUCUUUCAAGAACCUGCCCG